ACCAACCUGAUCUCUUCCAGCAGAAAAGGGAGGCAGGACCCACUCAGCCCGCCCAGCGCAGAGGGCACUACAAAUCCCUCUGUGUGCCCAGCCAGUGCAGAGCUCUGCGCUCCAGAGGGCAUUUCCACAGGGAGCAAUGGCUCAGUCUCUUCUGCUCCUUGCUUCCCUGCUCAUCUUGUCUUCACCAGGCCAUUGUGUGCACACACAAAGCCUAAACGCCUUCAAGAAAUCUCCCUCCAACACUUCAUCGAGUGUUCUGAAGAGAACCACUUGGCCCAGGGACUGCAGCGAGGUUCUGGCUGGCAGCCCCAGUGGUGUGUACAUCAUCCAGCCCACGGGGCUGCACCCCAUCAUGGUGUACUGUGAGAUGAGCGGGGCAGACGGGGGCUGGACCGUCAUCCAGAGGAACCGGCAGGACACGGACAUCACCUGGGCCGAGUCCUGGAGCACCUACAAGCACGGCUUUGGCAAUGUGCACACUGAGUUCUGGCUGGGCACCGAGUACAUCCACCAGAUCACCAGGCAGAAGAUCUACCAGGUCAGGUUUGUCAUCUGGGAUGCUGCAAACAACAUGAAGUUUGCAGACUACAACCUGUUCAGCCUGGAUGAUGAGUCCCAGGGCUACCGGCUGAGGCUGGGAGCGCACUCGGGGACAGCAGAGGAUGCCAUGGAUUCAGACAAUCCCAGGAAAGUGCACAACAACAUGAAGUUCUCCACAAAGGAUCGGGAUCAGGACACUUACAGAGGGAACUGUGCCUCACGCUAUGGGGGUGGGUGGUGGUACUCAGCAUGUUACUCUGUGCAGCUGAACGUCAAGGGGGGGCUGACGUGGGGCAAGCUGUGCAAGGGGACCUGCAGAGCCUCGGCCAUCCUCAUCAAACCAACCCCAUACCCCUAGAACUCCUUCCCCCCUCUGUCCACAUGCAGCACAUGGCCCAGCCAGUGCCCUGCUGGGGCCCAUUUGAUGAUGAGGCCUUGGGGGUGAAUAGGGUUGCUCCUCGAUAUCAA